ACCUACUCCUGUGGGGCGCUGAAAGAUCAGGAAAGGCAACCCCGACUGCGGCGGGCAGCGCUGGGGAAGAGUUCUGGGCCCUGGGUGACCUGUUGAGCAGAGUGACUCUCACCCGCCCCUUCGCUCGGCCCUCCGCCCCAGCCCGACCCCCGGCAUGACAGUGACGUACACAGCCCGCGUAGCAAAUGCGCGCUUCGGGGGGUUCUCCAAGCUGCUGCUGCUUUGGCGGGGAAGCAUUUACAAAUUACUCUAUCGAGAGGUGCUGGUCUUCCUCGGGGGGUAUCUGGCCCUGAGCGCCAUCUACCGCUUUAUCCUGACGGAAAACCAAAGGCCCUACUUCGAGAAAUUAGUCAUGUACUGCGACCAGUACGCCAACCUCAUUCCUGUCUCUUUUGUGCUGGGAUUUUAUGUGACACUGGUGGUGAAUCGAUGGUGGAACCAAUACUUGUGCAUGCCCCUGCCCGAUGCCCUCAUGUGUGCGAUAUCGGGCUCGGUGCACGGUCGGGAUGAGCGGGGCCGACUGUACCGGCGUACACUAAUGCGGUAUGCGGGCCUGUCCGCCGUGCUCAUCCUUCGCUCCGUCAGCACUGCUGUUUUCAAACGCUUCCCCACCAUCGACCACGUGGUGGAAGCUGGCUUUAUGACCCGUGAGGAGAGGAAAAAAUACGAGAGUCUGAAUUCUUCCUACAACAAAUAUUGGAUACCGUGUAUCUGGUUUGCCAACCUUGCUGCCCAAGCCCGCAAAGAGGGUCGGAUCCGAGACAGCAGUACUUUCAAGUUGCUUAUGGAGAAACUGGAUGAGUUCCGGGGCAAGUGUGGGAUGCUGUUUCACUAUGACUGGAUCAGCGUACCCCUCGUCUACACUCAGGUAGUAACAAUUGCAGUAUAUAGCUUCUUCCUGGCUUGCCUUAUUGGACGCCAGUUCCUGGACCCAACCAAAGGAUACAAGAAUCAUAACAUGGACCUGUGUGUUCCUGUUUUCACCCUGCUCCAAUUCUUCUUCUAUGUUGGCUGGCUCAAGGUGGCUGAGCAGCUCAUAAACCCCUUUGGGGAGGAUGAUGAUGACUUUGAGACCAACUUUUUGAUUGACAGGAAUUUUCAGGUGUCAAUGCUGGCAGUAGAUGAGAUGUAUGACGACCUGCCACUGUUAGAGAAGGACCUGUACUGGGAUGCUGCAGAUGCCCGGGCCCCUUACACAGCAGCCACUGCUUUCAUGAUGCACCAGCCUUCCUUCCAAGGCUCCACUUUUGACAUCACGCUGGCUAAAGAGGACAUGCAGUUUCAGCGACUGGAGGGCAUGGAGGGGCAGCUGGAAGGUCCCUCAGUCCCAGGAGACUUCUUGCACCGACUACUUGCGGGUGGCCCCGGCCCAGGCCUUGGCCCAGGCCCUUCCACGAUCUUGGGUCGACGACUCUCCUUGCUUCGGAGGAAGAACAGCUGUGUAUCUGAAGCUUCAACCAUAGCCGGCUGCUCUUGCCCAGACUGUGGCCAUGAUGACUCAGCCACAGGUCCCCUCCUAGACCCGCCAUCUGAGCCGGAGCCUGCCCCACCUGCUGCUCCUGCUUCUUCCUCUGCGGAACCCUUGCCCUCUGUGGUGGUGGUACCCACAAACCGAGGCUCAACCCCUAAUCCUGCGCCACUGCCUCCCUGGCUGCCCAGUCCAAUUGGAGAAGAGGAGGAGAGCUUGGCCUGAGCCUUGUUGCUCACGGACUGACUGGCGUGCUACACACUGGCUCGAUGGCCAGCUGGCCACUGGAGAGAUGGGACUGUUGGACCAAGAUCUCUCUAUGGUCAUCCCACCCCCACCCCAACACAUACAUUAUUGAAGUGCAUCUUCUACAGUAUCUUGCAAAUAUCUUGCGAAAAACCAUGUCAUUCAUGGCCACAUGGGUAACAGCUACCCUGCACCCCCUCUUACCCCAUGCCCCAGGUUAACACCUGAAACCUCUCUCCCCUCCCCCCUUGGGACCCAGAGGAAGCACCUGGGCUAUGCUAUGCUACUGAAUACCUGUGUGACCUACGGCAAGACGUUUCAGUGUCUGAGUGGUUCUUUACCUGUGGAGUACUUGACACCUUCAAGUCCUAUCUAU